GUAAGCACGUGACACGUAGUCUUUAUUAGCGCCUUCUCCAGCUCCUCGCCGCCAGUUGGUUUCUUGACACAGACCACUCGUGUCCUUCCGAGCAGCAAAGGUACAUAAACUCCGACAUCCACACAUCAACUGCCGACAUGGUGAAACUAGCUAAGGGAGCAAAAGCACAAGGCAAGCCUAAGCCCCCUCCCCCAAAGGAGGUGGAAGACAGUGAAGAGGAAGACAUGGAGGAAAGUGAAGAGGAGGUGGAAGUUCCUGUGAAGACACCAUCUAAGAAGGCAACCACUCCAGCUAAAGCAACACCAGGGAAAAAAGCUGCCACUCCAGCCAAGGCUGCACUCACACCUGGUAAAAAGGGUGCUACUCCUGCAGGGGCUAAGAAUGGUAAAAAGGCAAAAAAGGAAGAAAGUGAAGAUGAAGAGGAGUCUGAGGAAGAAUCUGAGGAAGAAAAGCCUGUUGCUAAGAAGCCAGCUGCCGCUGCCAAAAAACCGGUAGCUAAAAAGGAAGAGUCGGAUGAUGAGGAUGAUGAUGAUGAGGAGGAUGACGAAGAUGAGGGUGAUGAGUCUGAAGAGGAAAAGCCUACUGCCAAGAAACCCGUUGCCAAAAACCCCGCUGCCAAACCAGCAGCAAAAAAGCCACCCAAGAAAGAAUCUGAGGAUGAGGAAGAUGAUGAAGAGGAGGCAAUGGAAGUGGCACCACCAGUAGCUAAAGGAAAGAAAGCUGUUGCUGCUAAAAAAGAAGAAUCGGAGGAGGAGGAGGAUGAUGAUGAUGAUGAGGAUGAUGACGACGACGAGGAUGAAGAGGAUGAUGAAGAAACUGUAAAGGAAUCUGGAAAGCGCAAAAAAGAAAUGCCAAAAAAUAAAGCUACUCCAGAGGCAAAAAAACUGAAAACUGAAGGCUCAGAAGGCCUAUCAGUAUUUGUUGCCAACUUGAAUUCUGCUAAGGAUUAUGAUGAGCUAAAGGAUGCUCUGAGAGAGUUUUUCGAAAAGAAGAGUCUACCUGUCCAGGAUGUCCGUAUUGGAGUUAGUAGGAAAUUUGGCUAUGUGGAUUUCUCUACCAUAGAAGAGGUUGAGCAGGCACUGCAACUGUCUGGGAAAAAGGUGCUUGGCUUUGAGAUUAAAAUAGAGAAGGCAAAUUCUCCUGCUGAGAAAAACAAAAGUGCUGAAAACAGGAAAGAAAGAGAUUCACGUACUCUAUUUGUGAAGAACCUGCCCUAUAGUGCUGAAGUUGAACAAUUACAAGAGAUCUUUGAAAAUGCCAAAGAAGUUCGUCUCCUCACUUCAAAAGAUGGAUCCAGUAAAGGGAUUGCAUAUGUGGAAUUCAACUCUGAAGCAGAGGCUGAUAAAGCCAUUCAAGAAAAGCAAGGUACAGAGCUUGAAGGCCGGUCUAUGUUCAUCGAUUACACUGGAGACAAGAGUAAUUCUGGAGGCAAAAGAGGAGCACCAGGUGGAGCAGUUGAUGUGAAGGUACUUGUAGUAAACAACUUGGCAUACAGUGCCACUGAAGACAGUUUGCAGGAAGUUUUUGAUAAGGCAACUUCGAUUAGAAUACCACAAAACCAUCAGGGGAGGCCCAAAGGGUUUGCAUUUGUGGAAUUUUCAUCUGCAGAUGAUGCAAAGGAUGCCCUAGAUUCUCAUAAUAACACAGAGAUUGAAGGCAGGUCAAUACGUAUUGAGUUAAGCCAAGGAGGUGGUCCUCAAGGUGGAGGAAGAGGAUCAGCUCAAUCAAAAACACUGUUUGUCAAAGGCCUUUCUGAAGACACAACUGAGGAGACCUUAAAGGAAGCAUUUGAUGGCUCUGUUAAUGCUAGAAUAGUAACAGACAGAGACACUGGUACCUCAAAGGGGUUUGGUUUUGUAGAUUUCUCUUCAGCCGAAGAUGCUAAAGCUGCCAAGGAUGCAAUGGAGGAUGGGGAAAUUGAUGGAAGCAAAGUUACAUUAGACUUUGCAAAGCCCAAAGGAGAAGGCCAGCGUGGUGGCCGUGGCGGUUUCGGUGGCAGAGGAGGUGGCCGUGGCGGAUUUGGUGGCAGAGGAGGUGGCCGUGGCGGAUUUGGUGGCAGAGGAGGUGGCCGUGGUGGAUUUGGUGGCAGAGGUGGUGGCCGAGGUGGAUUUGGAGGUAGGGGAGGUGGAGGAUUUCGAGGUGGAAAUCAAGGAAAGAAAAUAAAGUUUGAUGACUGAUUGGUUUGAUUCUUCUGUGUCCACGCCUCAAGCCAUCUCCCUUAACUGAAUGGACUCUGAGGGUAGGAGGGGGCCUACUUGUUGCCUUCUCCAUGCCCAAAUGAAACUAGCAUUUGCAGAGCCUUCUGUAUGGACAUUCCAAUGUGGAGACAUACCUUUUCCUGUUGACACCUGGACAUCGUCAUUUCAUGGAAGAUGUGACUAUCUUACAGACUUUUUUUUUAAGAGUGUGUGUGAGACCCCCGUACUGAAUUUGUCAACUUGUGUUUUACCUACUGUACAUUUAUAUAUUUUUUUUUUCCCCUCCAAAUCCUGUAGUAUUGCUCUAAAUGCAAAAUGUUCUGGUUUGUGCUUCAGCAGCUUGUCUUCAGAUUAAAGAACCUCAUCUGGUUAUGUACUUUUAUUAUUAGAACUGUUUUCAAAUACUAUGCCCUUAAGUGUGCAGUAAUUUAUCCUUGUAGUUUGUACACCAAAACUUUUCUUCAAGCGCACUAACUGCCCUCUGCUUGAACACUGUGGACACCGGUGGGGUCUUUUUAUUGCAUUGCAAUCAUUUUGAGCUAGAACUAUUUUCAAUUGGUUUUUAUUAAAAAUUGAGAUGUUCUGUGUACAGCCCAGAGAUUCUAGAGUUGUAGGAGAUCUGUAUUUUUACUGUUCUGCCAGGCAGCUCAGCUGAUGGCUCCUGAUCGCUAAACUUAUAAACCAGGCAUCCUCAAAUAUCAGCCAUCCAGCUAUUGUAAAACUACUACUUCCAGCAUGCCCAAACGGCCUACAGCAGGACAUUGUGGGAGUUGUAGUUUUACAACAGCUGGAGGGCCGCAGUUUGAGGAUGCCUGUUACAAACACUCGUAGCUCAGUUCUUACUGAUAUGAAUGUGGCUUAGGAUAUUCACACGACUAAGUGUUUUGCAGUCUGCAAAUUGCGCAUCUGCAAAACACUAAUACCAGUCAUGUGUUCUGCAUUUUGCAGACCAUGACCAUGCAGUCCACAUAUUUUGCGGCUCUAUUGAAAUGAAUGGGUACAGAUGUGGACCCAGAAUUAUGGUUGUAUGAAUGGACACUAAAAUAGCUGUUCAUGAACUUUAUGAGCCUUAUUAGGUGCCUCAAAGUGAAAUAUACAAUUCAAGCAGCUAGACAGUUAACACUUCAUGACAGAACGGCAAUAUAUUUUAAUAGACCAAUUGAAAAAAAUGAUUUAUAGCCCAAAUUGAGUAAAAUGUAAUUACAAAUAAAAUUUGCCCCAAAGGUAUACAUAGACUUUAAAGAAAUCACUCCAGUAAUCGCCAAAGGGGUUUACUGGUACUUUUAUAUAGAUGGCUUGCCAGCAAUAUCUGGCCAUCCUGAACCCCCCCCCCCCCCCCCCCCUCCGAUUAGCUUUUUUUGCAGCAUCGCUAGAACUUUUCUGCCCUGUCCAUUAUGUGUAGUGACCACUGCUGGUUAUAAUGCAACAGUGCUCAUAUUUGCUUUAGUGGAAGCUGCACUGUAGUUAGAGGUAAUGCAGAACAGCUAAGCGAUAAGUAUCAAGACUCCCACUGAUAAAAUACGGAUGGCCUAUACUCGGGAUAAGCCAUGAGUUAAAGGAGUGGAAAACCCAGUUAAUGAAAAGCUGCACUUCUAUAGAGCCAAUUUGAAAGUCUGAUAUAAAUGUUGUUGCACAGUUUGCUUCCUAAAUACUUAUAUCUUGUGUAUGAAAUGUUAAAGCCGUUACUACAAUUCUGAACUAUUUGCAGUAAUACAUUAGUAGUACAUGCACAUAAGGAAUAACUGACCUGUUACCCUGCCAUAAACACUUGGCUGUGCUGAAAUGCAUGGUCAGGACUACUGUGCUGACAUAACUGUAGACGACUUGGGUGCUUGUGGACUUGGUACAGUAGGACAACAAAGUAGCUAUUUGGACUCCUUAAAGGGAACCUGUCAUCAACUUUUUGCUAACCUCACUGAGGGCAGCAUAAAAUAGUAACAGAAAUGCUCAUGAGCUAAGUCGCAUCAUAACCAUUGCAGUCCAGGCAAAUCUACUUAAGAAUCAUGGUUAUUCAGAAUACCCUGCUCUCCCAAUCAAUCUGAUGAUUGGCAGUUCUCUUCUAGAGAGAAAGGGAGAAAACUUGGCAGAAGACUGUCAAUCAGCAGGGAGAGCAGGAAUUCAUGACUUCUCAGGUGGCUGACUUUUCCAGGCCCAGUCUGCAGUGAUGUUGGUUCUUGGCAACCAGUUUGCUGAAAUCAACUUGCCUGUCUCUAUUUUAUACUGCUGUUAAUAUGGGCAGCAUAAAGUUGAUGACAGGUUCCCUUUAAUUGCAGUUCUACUCUUGUAUUACAGCAGAUAACUGUCCCAAAAAUGUGGUGACCGAUUUCCUUUAAACAUGUAUUCGCAAAGUGCUCAAGGUGUGGUUAAAAACUGCAUCUGAAAGCUGGUGUGAUUUUUGCAGUGCAGUAGUUGUACUUACAGGUUUCCACAGCCAAAUGGCUAUGCUGCAAAAGCCACCACAUGCUGUUGUACAGUGCAUUGACAUGACCGUAAGUGUGUUGCUGUCUGCAAAGAGCAGAUCCACCGAACAUGGAUAUUGGCUAAGUGCAAGCCGCAUCACUGUGUGGACCUGUUAACACUAAAGGUUCCAUAGUCUGCAUGUUGUGGCCAAGUAUGAAUGUGCCACAAAAGAUAGGAUAUGUCCUAUACUUUGCUGCAACGUGCGGACAUUAAAGUGAAUGGCUCUGCUGAACAGGCGUAUGAAUGCUGGCUUAUGCUGCAGCACAACAAUUUUAUGAAUAAACAGUUGAAUUAAAAGGUU